AUAGAAAUUAUGCUUGUCAUUUCUUGAGUGCAAAAAAAAAAUUCCGGUCAAUUUUUGAUUUGUAAAAGAAUUAAGACCAUAGAAAGCGCUCAAAGCGUAUAGAAAUUAAAUUUAAACAAAAAUAGCAUUUGAAGGCGUUGAAUCGAAAUAAACAUAUUACAGAAUGCCUACUUCAGAAGUUUUGGUAAACAAAGUCAUUGUGCACCCUUUAGUGCUGUUGUCGGUGGUGGAUCACUUCAAUCGCAUGGGUAAGAUUGGUAAUCAAAAGCGAGUUGUUGGUGUCUUAUUAGGAUGCUGGAGGGCCAAGGGCAUUCUGGAUAUAUCCAACAGUUUUGCAGUGCCCUUCGAUGAGGACGACAAGGAUAAGUCGGUAUGGUUUUUGGAUCAUGACUAUUUGGAGAACAUGUAUGGCAUGUUCAAGAAGGUCAAUGCCAAAGAACGCGUAGUGGGCUGGUACCACACUGGUCCGAAAUUGCACCAAAACGAUAUUGCCAUCAAUGAGCUGAUACGUCGUUAUUGUCCCAAUUCCGUACUAGUAAUUAUCGAUGCUAAACCCAAAGAUUUGGGAUUACCCACAGAGGCCUACAUAGCCGUUGAGGAGGUGCAUGAUGAUGGUUCACCCACCUGCAAAACCUUUGAGCAUGUGCCCAGUGAAAUUGGAGCCGAGGAGGCGGAAGAAGUUGGUGUGGAGCACUUACUGAGAGACAUCAAGGACACAACAGUGGGUAGUCUGUCACAGAAAAUCACCAACCAAUUAAUGGGUCUGCGUGGCCUUAAGGCCCAGUUGAGCGACAUCAAGAACUAUCUGCAGCGUGUGGGAGAUGGUAAAAUGCCCAUCAACUACCAAAUUGUCUACCAACUGCAGGAUAUCUUUAAUCUGCUGCCCGAUAUUACAAACGACCAAUUUACCGAAACCAUGUAUGUGAAGACCAACGAUCAAAUGCUGGUGGUCUAUUUGGCCUCAAUGGUACGCUCCAUCAUAGCCCUGCACAAUCUCAUCAACAACAAAUUGGCCAAUCGUGAUGCCGAAGAGGGCAAAGACAAAAAAUCCGAAGAUAAGAGCAAAGAAAGCAAAGAUAAAGAAAACAAAGAGACCAAGGAUAAAAAGGGAGCCGAAGAGAAAUCCGACAAGAGCAAGGAGGAUACAAAUACAAAGAGCAGUAAGAAAUAGGAGCGAAGAAAAAAGAAGAAAAAGCCUAGACGUAAAAAGAAACGUGACUGAAUUCCCCUAUCAGGAGUUUGCUGCGUCCAUACUUACAACGCCAUCAAUACGAAGAAAGAAAACAGGCUUUUUAUUCGCAAAAAAAAAAUCUACAAUAUAUAUAAACCAUAACAACAACAAUUUUUCUAAUAUGAGAAGCAUACCUUAUUUCUAUAAGAAAUUAUUCAAAAUUUACCAACCUCAAUACACAAGCACACCCAUGCAUAUGUUAAGCAAAUCUACGUGUCCUCAUCAUUAAUAACCAGUUGGACGACUCAUACACAUUUCUAGUUGUAGUCUCUUCGCAAAGAAAAAAAAAAAACAAAUGUUAUUUACAAUAAACGCAUGAGCCAACCAACCAAUGUACUAAUAAAAUGCUGAGAUUGAAAAAGAUCUUGGGCCCAAUUGAAAACAAA